GAGAGAAGAAUGUGAAACUAAUCACAUCAAAGAAGAGCCACAACCAACCUCCAAUCAGAUGGCGACAGUUACUGUUAAAAAGGAGGAGGAGGAGGAUGAUAGCAGCCAGCAUCCAGCUGCAGUGGAAGAUGAUUGCAGCCAACAACAUUAUCUAAUCCCUGGCUACAACAUGAUUUUCAUUAAAGAGGAGGCAUAUGAUGAGCAGGAUGCUGAAGAGAAUUCAGUAAGGACCGAACCAGAGAUGUGGCCUUCAAACUGCAGCACAUCUGGCCGAGACUAUACAACAGAAGUGGUUGGACUGAAUGAGCAUUCAAUCUCCCCAAUAGAAAAGUGCACUGAGUCAUCUGUGGCCUGCAAAAAGACCAAGCUCUACAGCUGUGCUCACUGUAGCUAUAAAACACCAAAGUUUGCCGAUUUGAAGAAACAUAUUCGAAAACACACUGGGGAAAAACCUUUCAGCUGCAAAUUUUGUGAAUAUAAAUGUGCCCAGUUAGGUAGUUUGAAAAGACAUAUCAGAACACAUACAGGAAAACUCCCUUCAGCUGCGAAUUCUGUGAUUUUAAAUCUGCUCAAUCAAGUACUUUAA